AUGGACCCUUUUUCAGGCGAACUCAACGACGCGAACUUGCAUUCGAUAUCCUGUAGAGUGGCUAGGGCGAACAUCGGUGGUCUGCUGGAGCCUGUAGACGAGUUAUCGCAAGCAAAGCCUGAGUCACUACCACAGGAGGAAUCUUACGAAUGGUCAGCGCCUUCCAUUCUUUCUGAUUCGACGUUAGUGCAGAAACGUCUUGCAUUGGAAUUAGCGAAGGCUUCUGGCCGAUGGCGAAGACGAGUGUUCGAGACGGGCAAGAAAGCGUACGAUGGCUGGAAGGUACUUCUUCUUGCCGACAGAACACGAGAGAACAGUUUAAAGCGGCUUCUAGAAGUCGGUGGAGCUGAAGUUUCUUUGCAGCGAACCAAUGCUGGCUCCUUGACACAUGUCCUGAUCGAUAUUCAAAAGCGUCCAGACGCUAGGGUAUACGUUUCGUAA